CACGGCCGCUUCCACUCCCCUCUUUUUCUCCUCUCUCUCGACCAAAAUGAACUGCCGCCCUUCCUCUCUCUAUCAGAUCCAUUGAACCACAAAAACACAACCGUCAAGGAUUCCGGCCAGUUGUUGCUUCCGCACUAGCAUCUCUUCCGACCUUCGCCGAUGAUUAGAGUCGUCACCCGCUCACCGCUUGUGGGGGAAUCCUCCAUUGGAGAAGGUGUUGAUGUGGAUUCUUCCAUCCUUCGCCUGUGAUUUGAGUCAUCACCGCUGGUAGAUGUGAAACUCGAAAUCGAUGUUGAAGCUUGUCGUCCUCCGAGUCCGCAUUUAGGACACGUUCGGAGAUAAUGGAGACAGGAUCAGCGAAGACGGUGGUGUAAUCCUCCAUCAAAAGAGCGACGACGAGAGGGGGAAGUAGCAAAAGUGGGUGAGGGGAAGCGGCGGUGCUGUUGGUUCCAGAUCCAAGGUUUCGAGUGAAGCGGUUGGUAUGAUAUUGUUAGUAGUGAUUUCCGUAGUGAUUUUGGGAAGUGGUUGGCGUACUUUUUUGUUGUUUUCAGUAGUGAUUUUGGGAAGAAGCUGGGGUGAUUUUGCUAGUAGUGAUUUUAUAUGUAUUAGUAGUGUUUUCUUAUAAUAAUGAGUAGUGAUAAAAUGUUACCAAUGACAAUAAAAUCACUACUAAUAGUCAUAAAAUCACUACUAGAAAUUUAAAAUAGCGGCUAUACCCAUCAAAAUCACUACUGAUUUUAGUAGCAGUACUUUUCGACAUUUAUUUCUUUUGUACGUAGCAUCUUUAUUAGAGAGAGAAAAUAGAUAUUUCCAAAUUUUAUUUUUUUCAAAUUAAUUUUAUUUUUCUGAAAUACCUAAUAUACCCUUCACCGUCUGAUUCACUUUAAAAAUAAUGAAUAGUGAUGAGAUUGGUUAGCACGGUGCUAACCACUAUGAAGUUAGCACGGUAGCCUGUCCCUUCCCUGUUUCACCUCUGCUCCUUUCUUCUUCUCUUAUUCACUUUACAUGCCACGUACGUCGUCCACCUAGACCCAUCCUCCCGUCAACACACUUCACCACCCAUCAACAAUGGCACUACUCGAAAGCUUCCUGGGUUUUCUUUCAGCCUACAAAGACAAACUCGUCACGAUGGACACCACCUACACUCCCAAGUUCAUGUCUCUAAACCCAAUAACCGGUCUCUGGCCGGCCUCAAAAUUUGGUGAAGACGUGAUCAUUGGUGUAAUCGACACCGGAAUCUUGCCUGAAAGUCCAAGUUCAACGACCACGGAAUGAUGUACACCUCCAAGUUUCCAUCCAAAUGGAAAGGAAUAUGUCAAGAGGGACAUGACUUCAACUCUUCUGUAUGCAACUCCAAGCUCAUCGGAGCUAUAUACUUCAACAAAAUGGUCAAAGCUGCCAACCCGAAUGUCACCCUGACGAUGAACUCGGCUCAAGACACCUUAGGACACGAGACACAUACUUCCUCCAUCGCAGCAGGAAACUACGUCGAUGGUGCAUCCUUCUUCGGCUACGCUAACGGCGUGGCUCGAGGCAUGGCACCUCGGGCCAGGGUGGCUAUGUACAAGUUGAGCUGGAUGCAUGGGUGAAGGAUGAAACCCUAAUCUACAACAAGACACUCUCCAAAUGCGAGUCUCUCAAGUUACUCUCUGAAACACCACGUGGUAUCAUUGACGGAGUUGGAUACCGUUAUCGACUACAUCAAUAGCAGUGUAACUGUCCAGUGAAGGGUUCAAUCUAAUUUUGGGCACGUCGAUGGCUUGUCCCCAUGCUUCUGGCGUGGCGACGCUCCUGAGAGGAACGCAUCCGGAAUGGAGCCAUGCAACUAUCUGAUGAAGAAGAAAGGAAAGGGUGUCGUGGAUUUGAAUCUGCAAGAGUAGAGUGCUCAAGGGAAGAUGGCGCCAAUGCUGCAGAGUUUGAUUUCAGAGGAAGAACAGCUCGGUUGAAACGUUUCGGAGUGGCAGCCGUUUCGUUGACAAUGGAAGCUGUGCAAGGAAGGAACGACGACGCUUUAGUUUGUUGUUUGUUUUAACUGUUUUAUGUUGUUUGGACCAAUGGUGUUUAACCACGUCAUUGUUACCGUUGUGAAACUGUAAAUUCUGAACUGGUAUAAAUAAACGAAACCCAG